AUGUACGGAGUUUCCCUAGAAAAGUUCUUCCAUUCAUAUGAUACAAAGACUGUUACAAGAUGCCGUGCGGGCCUAGGGAUAAGCGCCGCCACGGUUACCGAUGCCAACGCUGUCGAAAAGAUCACCUUAAGUGUGAUGGCUCAAGGCCAUGCAAAUUUUCAAAUAAUCCAAAACCAGCAAUCAGCUAGCUGGGCUAUAUACGGGAGUCCUGUUACCCCCACAUGCGAGCACUACAAGCGUGCCUUCUUCUUUGCCGUAGGCGCAUCUCCAGUUUUAACCACAGUAUUCGCGGCGGAUUGUUUGGCCCCUCUUUUACAUGAUAAUGUAUUCGUGCAAGACACAGUGUCCUUGCUGGGCGGAUAUUAUGCCUUGAAUAACCCGCAGUUACUGUCGGUUUCACAACCUGACAAGAGGAGCCUGUUUCGCUCUCUACAAAGUUUGCGAAAGUUUGUUGCAGCAGAAUUCCAGCCAACUGAAGGUAAAGAUCGCCCUCUGGUAGUCAUGAUCUGCGCUUUACUACUGAGCUUUGUUGAGCUACUGGUGGACCCUUCUGGGCAGCUAUGGGAUUUCUCAGUCCGUCAGCUUUACUGUUUCAGUGCAAAGCAUCAAGAAUUAAGUAGCUCACAUAGCCCGUUUGGGAGGUCAGUGAGCACACUUGCCCGAAUUUUGAAUGCACUGAGGGCCAUCUGUCGCCCGCAAGACCCAAACGUCGAUGUGUCUGGUCAAUUGCCUUUCCUUGGCUCCACAAAGUUCUUGCUUACCAAGGAAGGUGCUCCAUUGACACAAUGUCAGGGUCAGCUCCUUGAUAGAUUGGCUCAGGACCUCGAGAUGUGGGCUCAGCUACAAUGGUGGGCUAUAGGAUGGAAAACACAGGCUAGCCUGUCCAAACUACAACAAAGUAUCGUUGAAACAUACAGAAUAGGAAGUAAUGUUGGUGGAAUCAAUAUAGCUUGUAUUGGCUCCAAGUUUCAACGUGAUAUGAUUGCCUGCAUCCUUUGGUAUUCACACCAGGAAUUAGGGAUAUUUGGGAACGCCAUGCUCACUCUAUACCAAUCUGCGAUAAUCGAGAUCUCACAAAUUUUCUCUGAUCCAUGCUGGCUGUCUUUGGAAUGUGAACUGCCGAUUAUGCCACUUCAGUUGAGUUACGAGCAAGCAAUCUCUGCACUGAAUCAUGCCGAAAGCUCACUCCAGCAUCUCCAUCUCGAGUCUGUAAUUUAUGCACCUGUUCUGUACGCCAUUGGAAUGGAAAUGGCACGCAAGCCGGACAAAUAUCGGAUCUUGCGAUUUAUCAGCAAUAUUGAAAGAAAGGGGUUUGCGGUCACAAAGCAAGUCAUUUUGGCUAUCAAAAAAGACUGGUACUUAAUGAAUCGCAAUAUCAAGAAAUAG